AAUACAUAUCGAAGCUCGUUUUCUACUAAUUAUCGUACUUUAGCCACAGUCACCAUUGCAACUGUGCCUAACAUAAGAGAAAGCCCGAAAUUUACCACGUCUUGUCGACCGUGGCAAAAUUUCCGGGAAUUCCAAUUUCUAGUGUUUCUCCACUCCCUCCAAUUUUCCCCCCAUUUUCUCUUUUCUACCAACAACCCUUGCGAGAGAAUUCCUCGAAAAAACAAAGUCGCUGUAAACAAUUUCAGGUAUUUGAUUUGAUAUGAAGACAAGGCAGAAGAGUUAUGUUCAAAAAACAUCGGCAAUGUUACAAGGGCAAGAAGAUCAAAAUGAUAUGGAGCCUCUCCAGGUUCAGCUCCAUCAAAGUAUCAACAAUCAACUUGACGAACAAUUUGAGGAGUCACUACUUAUCAAAGUUAAAGAUACUUAUUCCGGAGAAAUUAUAAUUCAAAAACUGGUAGCAAGUGAAGUUUGGUUUUUGGAAAAGACAAAAAAAGUUCUUGUAGAAAUCAAUGGUAAUGGACAAGGCAAUGAUAAUGGUGCAAACUUACUAGUGAGGUUUCUUGGCGAGCUCGCUAAAAAAUCAGAAUUUUGUCCGAUCUCCAUUGAACGAUGGGAUAUGAUGUCAGAGGAGAGUAUCAAAGCACAGUGGAAAAAUAUAGAGGAUCGUUUUGAGUUUGAUUAUGCUGCUGGUAUCAAAUGGGUAAAGACUACACUAGGGGAUCGAUGGAAGUACUAUAAAUACAGGUUAAGGUGUAAACACUUUAAACCUAACAAAAGUAAGGAGGACAUACUUGCUAAUCCUCCUUCUGGUGUGCCUCCUGUUGAUUGGAUUGCUUUUGUGAAUUACUACAAUAAUGACGAGAUGAAGAAAGUAAGUGAGCGAAAUACAAGAAAUCGUAAGAAGCUUAAAGUCAUACAUGCUGGUGGCAGUAAGAGCAAUGCAAGGAGGGGUCGUCAGAUGGAGCUACAAUUAGAUCGACCAAUAUGUCGUGGUGAGGUUUAUCUGUCAACUUUGCGAAAGAAGAGUGGAGACUAUUUAAAUGAUGAAGGACAAGCCGUGGCUGAUAAAAUAUUACAGCACUUGCCUCAAGAUCAAGAACGAGUUGCAACUUUAGGUGUUCCAUCAAAGAUUAAUGCUUAUCCUGAUGAUGCAAUUGGAAAAGUUCAUGGAGCAGAGCAUUCAGGUCGAGUGCGUGGUAUAGGUGUUGGAGCUAGCUCUACCGAGGUUUUUGAAACGCGUAAGAAUUUUGCUAAAAUUGUCAAUGUUGGUGCUGCUAGCCAGAACAAUGCCGAGGACUUGCAUAAGUAUGUAUGUGCUUUGGAAGAAAAGCUAAAUGGAUAUGAAGAGAUUAAGGAACAACUUGCACAAACAAAAGAGGAGCUUUUAGAAACACAAAUCGAGCUAGCAAAUCUCCGUAGUUUUUUGCAACGCAAAUUUGGUGACGAGCUAGCUAUUUUCAUUCAAGGUUCUAGUUCUGACAAUUAAACCAUUAUAGGAGCUCACUUCUGUCAUUUUAACCAGAUUAAUUUUUUGAUUGGUAAAGGAAGGAAUAUGUUGUUUGAAAGACGGAUUGGCUGCUGGUUCGAGUUGCUUGUCUUCACUAGAUUUCUAAUGUUCAAUGCAUGUUUUGUAGAAGGAAUGAUAGAAACAUGGAUCAAGAGUUGGGCCUUGGCAGUGGGCCUAAAGCCUAAAGUUUGGAGAGUGUAUACAAGGAAAAAGAAGAAGCAUGACGUGUCUAAUGGAGGGGAGGAACGCAGGUGUGUGCAUGAGAAGCAUGAGUCAGUGCUAUAUAUGUGGCUAGAAGGAAUGAGAAAGAAUCAUUGAGGAAUUCUGUUAUUGAGUGGGAUCACUUUUAGUGAUUUGGGGCACUUAGUGCUUUGGGGCUAGUAGACUCUCUACUAGUUUGUUAUUUCCUUUAUUCUGUUAUCUUCUACCUAGUAAUUGAAACUCCAUUCAUAUCAAUUGCAAGCUUUUCUUCCAUUCUACUUCAUUAUUACUGUUUCAUUCAUUUUCAUAAUUCAUAAACCCAUCAAGGAAUCUUUGUUUUUCUGCAUUGUUAGUUUAAAUUAGUUAGUUUUUGGCUUGCUGGUAUAUUGGCCUUAGGUCCGUAACUUUAGUACUACUGGUAUGCUCAUGCUGUAAAUAUAAUAUUGUUUCUGCUGUAUUUUAUUUGGCUCUGCACUC